AUCUCCUUUAUAUAAAAGUUCCCAUUUUCAGUCUUGCAUCAUCAUCCAAGCAUGGAACAAACUUUACUAUGUUCAUUGGCUUCCGUUCUGUUUCUCCUUGUUGCUCUCAAGUUCUUGCUACAAGCAAGAAAACACAAAAAUCUUCCACCAAGCCCUUUUGCUCUUCCUAUUCUUGGCCAUCUCCAUCUCCUCAAAGAACCCCUCCACCGAACACUCUUCACUCUCUCACAAAAACAUGGUCCGAUCUUCUCUCUCCGCUUCGGUUCUCGCCUCGUGGUUGUAAUAACAUCACCGUCUGCCGUCGAAGAAUGCUUCAACAAAAACGAUAUCACCUUAGCAAACCGUCCUCGUUUGAUCAUGGGAAAGUAUGUAGGCUACAACUACACCAUCCUCGCGUUAGCUUCAUACGGUAAUCACUGGCGCAACCUUCGUCGCCUAGCUACCCUUGAAAUCUUGUCAUCGAAUAAGUUGAGCAUGUCUACAAGCAUUCGGAGAGAUGAAAUCAAUAGUUUAAUACGUAGAUUAUACCGUGUUUCGGUCAAUGGUUUCGCCAAGGUAGAGCUGAAAACCUUGUUCACGGAGCUGACAUUUAAUAUUAUCAUGAGAAUGAUUGCAGGGAAGUGGUAUUAUGGUGAUGAGGUGAGAGGAAGUGAAGAAGCAAGAGGGUUCAGGGCGAUGAUAGGGGAGCUUUUUGAAUUGGCAGUUUCGUCAUAUCCUGGAGAUUUCUUGCCUUUGCUGAGUCGGGUCGACUAUAACGGUUACAUUAAAAAAGUCAAGUUAGUAGCUAAAAAUGCAGAUGCGUUUACACAAGGUUUGAUUGAUGAGCAUAGAAGAAAUAAAGGUGAUUUGAAGCUAAAGAACACAAUGAUUAGCCAUUUGCUCACUCUGCAAAAGUCACAGCCUGAAUACUACACGGAUGAAAUCAUCAAGGGUCUCGUACUGGUCAUGCUACUUGCAGGCACAGAUACAACAGCAGUAACAUUGGAGUGGGCACUGUCUAAUUUACUUAACCAUCCUCGCAUUUUGGAAAAAGCUAGAGCUGAAUUAGACGCUCAAAUUGGCCAAGAACAGUGGGUAGAAGAAACAGAUUUGUCCAAAUUAAAUUACUUACAGAACAUCAUUUCUGAGACCUUGCGACUGUAUCCAGCAGCUCCCCUGCUAGUUCCGCAUCUGGCAUCGGAUUAUUGUACUGUCGGAGGAUAUGAUCUUCCACCUGAAACUAUAGUAUUCGUGAAUGCAUGGGCUAUUCAAAGGGACCCAGAGUUAUGGGAAGAUUCAACAAGUUUUAAGCCUGAAAGAUUUGAAGGUACAGAAGGUACGACUCAAAAUAAACUAAUGCCAUUUGGGUUGGGAAGAAGAGCUUGCCCUGGAGUGGGACUAGCCCAUCGUGUGGUUGGUGUGGCCUUGGGAUCAUUGAUCCAAUGCUUCGAAUGGGAGAGGGUGAGUGACAAGGCAAUUGACAUGACCGAAGGAACAGGUCUCACCAUGUCAAAAGUUGAACCACUGGAAGCCAUGUGUAAAACACGUCAUAUAAUUAAUAAGCUGCUUGUUGAAGUUAAUUAGAUUGGAUUGUUCUUGUUUCUUUUACUAUACUUUUGGUGUCUUGUUUACUAAAUUAGGAGUUGGGUACUGAUUUUUAUUUGUUUCAUUCAAAAAUUAAUAAUUGUUCUUUUUAUAUAUAUAUAUAAUGUAAGGUGUAAAAGUUAUGAGAAACCCUUUUUAGGUUA